ACAGGCCACGGGAAGCGGUGGGAGUAAAAGGAGCGCUCUACACGGUUUCCCAAGACUUCCCAGAGUCGAGUUCCACCUGGAAGAGGAUGGAGGUGACCGGUGGUGCUCCGGGACCCGACGAGAUCCGGCUUCUAAAGCCAUGUGUGCUGCGCCGCAAUCAGAGCCGCGAACAGCAUGGCGUGGCGGCCUCCUGCCUCGAGGAGCUGAGGAGCAAGGCCUGUGACAUUCUGGCCAUUGACAAGUCCCUGACACCAGUCACUCUGGUCCUAGCAGAGGAUGGUACCAUAGUGGAUGAUGAUGAUUACUUCCUCUGUCUGCCUUCCAACACCAAGUUUGUGGCAUUGGCCAGUAAUGAGAAGUGGACAUACAGCAAUUCAGAUGGAGGUACAGCUUGGAUUUCCCAAGAGUCCGUUGAUAUCGAUGAAACAGACAGUGGGGCAGGACUGAGGUGGAAGAAUGUGGCCAAGCAACUGAAACAAGAUCUGUCCAGCAUCAUCCUGCUGUCAGAGGAAGACCUUCAAGUGCUUAUCAACGUUCCGUGUUCAGACCUGGCUCAGGAACUCUGCCAAAGCUGUGCUACUGUCCAGGGGCUCCAGAACACACUCCAGCAGGUGCUUGACCAGAGAGAGGAAGCCCGUCAGUCCAAGCAGCUCCUGGAGCUUUAUCUGCAGGCCUUGGAAAAGGAGGGUGGCAUCUUGUCAAAGCAGGAAGAGUCCAAAGCUGCCCUCGGUGAAGACGUGGAUACAGUUGACACAGCCAUCAGCAGAGAGAUCACCUCUGAAAUUGCACUUAGGGGCCAGAUCCUCACAGUGCUGAAAGAGAAGCCUGUACCUGAGCUGAGCUUGUCUAAUCAGGAUUUGGAGUUGGUGACCAGGGAAGAUACCAGAGUGUUGGCUGCUGCCUUGAACUGGGACAUAAAGAAGGCAGAAACGGUUCAACGGGCCUGUGAUCAGGAGCUCACCCUGCGCCUGCAGCAGGUACAGAGCUGGUGCUCACUCAGGAGUCUUUCAGCAAGGAGGAAUUCCCUGCCUGAAGACCCACAGAAUCCUAAAAGAGCCAAGCAUGACCCCACAUAGCUACAGCCAGAAACAUGGAGGAAGCCUGYGGCCUUGGCUUGUCAUCAGUGAAAUUCUUCAGCCUGAUCUUUUUAUUGCCUGUAUCUUGCUCUGCCCUCUGCCUUCGAUCAUGCUCUCCUGGCCGGGCUAAGACACCAGCUUACGCCCACUUCAGAAAAGUAAGCCAGGUCUCUACAUUUGCCCUUCUGCCUAUUUUGAAUGAUCCUGCCUCCAGAGUACAUGCGCUCAUGAUCUUGCUUGUCAGGGCCGGGGGCGUUGCUCAGUGCUUGAGCACAUGCUUAGCGUAUGCAAGGCCCUGGGUUCCAUCCCCAGCACCCAAAAAUGUAAGUAAAUAAAGUGCUCGUUAAGG